AUGAGGAGUGCAGCCAAGCCCUGGAGUGCAGUCACCAAAGUGGGAAGCCAUGGGAGUGACCGCACACGGCCCCUUGCCACAGCCGCCUCUGGCAUGAAGAGUUCUAAGUCUUCAACCUCGCUGGCGUGUGAGUCCCAGCUCAGCAAGCUCAAGAGAGCCAGCAGUGAGGACAUGCUCAACAAGCCGGGAAGUACCGCCGCUUCCGGGGUAGUUCGCCUGAAAAAGACUUCAACAGCCGGAACCCUCUCUGAGCUUACUGAGAGCCGCCUGAGGAGCCACCCAGGGUCUGUGACAACAACCAAACGCACAGGCAUUCCAGCUCCUCGAGAACUUUCUGCAACUAUCUCAAGGGAGAGAACUGUGCCACGUGGUCCCUCCAACCCAAAGAAAUCAGUGUCCAGUCCAACUUCUUCCAGUGCACUCACCCCUACCAAGCACCAGAGGGCCACAUCCGCAAGGCCCAAGCCGGAGAAUGAAGGUGGAGAAAAGGCUGUGCUCGAGGCCCACGUUCGGGAGCUUUUGGCCGAGGCCAAAGCCAAAGACAGUGAAAUUAACAGGCUUCGGAGUGAACUGAGGAAAUGCAGGGAGAAAAGGACUCCGAACACGGGAGGGAGCGACGCUCUGGACCCAAAGGUGGACGGAGCAUCAGUCUCACCAGGUGACUCUGAGCCUUUGAUACAAGCUCUUGAGGAGAAGAACAAGAAUUUUCAGAAAGAGCUUGCCAAUCUAGAGGAGGAAAACCGGGCCUUGAAGGAGAAACUGAGCUAUUUUGAGCAUUCACCCAACUCAGAAGGGGCUUCCAGCCACACCGGUGACAGCAGCUGUCCAACAUCCAUCACCCAGGAGUCAAGCUUGGGGAGCCCUCCUGGGAACCCGCUGUCAGCUGAGGUAGAUGAGUGCAAAAAACACGCCCCCCAAAGUGUGUUACGGACGUCGGGCUCUUCAAGUAGCGAUGUCACCAAAGCUUCUUUGUCGCCGGAUGCCUCCGACUUUGAGCACAUCACAGCAGACACCCCCCCUCGGCCGCGGUCUUCCACGGGCAGCGCCUUUCAGAGCCCCAGGUGCUCUGCCGCCGGGAGUUCCCCUGACAACGCGAGCGAACUGUCCCUGGCCUCCCUCACGGAGAAGAUACAGAAGAUGGAGGAAAGGCAGCACAGCACAGCAGAAGAACUGCAGGCUACCCUACAGGAAUUGUCAGACCAGCAACAAAUGGUGCAGGAAUUGACAGCGGAAAAUGAGAAACUGGUGGACGAGAAGACAAUUUUGGAAACUUCCUUUCAUCAGCAUCGAGAGAGGGCAGAGCAGCUAAGUCAUGAGAACGAGAAGCUGAUAAAUCUCUUGCAAGAGCGAGUCAAGAAGGAGGAGCCCAGCACUCAGGAAGGAAAAGUCCUGGAGCUAGAGCAGAAGUGCACAGAGAUCCUGGAGCAGGGCCGCUUCGAAAGGGAGAAACUUCUCAACAUUCAGCAGCAGCUGACCUGCAGCUUGAGGAAGGCUGAGGAGGAAAAUCAAGGGGCGUUAGAGAUGAUCAAACACCUGAAGGAAGAAAACGAAAGACUGAAUGGGUUUCUGGAACGGGAACGGCAGAACGGCAGCGUGAUGGCCCAGACUCUGGAAGAGUGCACAGUGACCCUGGAAGGGCUGAAGCUGGAAAACGGGUCUCUGAAGGCUCACUUGGAGAAGGAGAAGCAAAAUGCUAUAGAGGCCAGUUCUGUGGGGCAGACGGCAGAGGGCUGUGAAAUUCAAGAAAUGCUGAAAGCAGCUCGAGCUGAGAAAGAUCAGCUGCAACUGUCUUGCACCGAGCUCAAACAAGAAUUACUAAAGGCACAUGGUGACCUUAAACAUGUUUCAAGUCUACUAGCCAAGGUGGAGAAGGAUUAUUCUUACUUGAAGGAGAUAUGUGAUCAGCAAGCGGAACAGCUAAGCAGAACCAGCCUCAAACUACAAGAGAAAGCAUCAGAGAGUGAUGCAGAAAUUAAAGACAUGAAGGAAACUAUAUUUGAAUUGGAAGAUCAGGUGGAACAGCAUCGAGCUGUCAAGUUACAUAAUAACCAGCUCAUCAGUGAGCUAGAAAGCAGUGUGAUGAAGCUGGAGGAACAGAAAGCAGACCUGGAGAGGCAGCUGAAGACUCUGACCAAGCAGAUAAAGGAGGAAACCGAGGAGUGGAGGCGCUUCCAGGCGGACCUGCAGACCGCGGUGGUGGUGGCCAAUGACAUCAAGUGUGAGGCCCAGCAGGAGCUGCGCACUGUGAAGAGGCGGCUGCUGGAGGAGGAGGAGAAGAACGCGAGGCUGCAGAAGGAGCUGGGGGACAUGCAGGGCCACGGCAGGUUGGUCAUGAGCAGGGCACCUGAACCUGUGCGUGCGGAGCUGGAGCCCGAGGCCGCCGCCCCCGGCUGCUGGCCCGGCAUCCUCGUCAGCAGAGCCCCCGCUGCGCCUUUGGAGCCCGCGACCACCGUGAAGUCCCUCAUCAAGUCCUUUGACUUGGGACACCCAGGUGAAGCCGGACAGAAUGUUUCUGUCCACAAGCCGCCGAGAAGCCCCCUGAGCGGAAUACCAGUGAGGACGGCCCCGGCGGCCGCCGUGUCUCCAAUGCAGAGGCAUUCCACCUACAGCGGCAUCCGCCCAGCCAGCAAAGGAGUGGCCCAGCGCCUGGAUCUUCCCGACCUGCCCCUCUCAGGUCUUCUGAAGGGAAGAGCUGACAACCUGAAGCCAGACCCUUACCUCCGCAAGAGCCCCUCCCUGGAGUCGCUGAGCAGACCCCCGGCCCUGGGCUUCGGAAGCACGCGGCUGCUGAGCACGUCCACCGGGGGCCUGAGGCCACCCAGCAAACUCAGUGUGGGAAGAAGAGACCCUCUGGCUGCCCUGGCCCGGGAGUACGGAGGCUCAAAGCGCAACGCGCUGCUGAAAUGGUGCCAGAGGAAGACAGAAGGCUACGCGAACAUCGACAUCACCAACUUCAGCAGCAGCUGGAGUGAUGGCCUGGCCUUCUGCGCGCUCCUGCACACCUACCUGCCGGCCCACAUCCCGUACCAGGAGCUGAGCAGCCAGGAGAAGAAAAGGAAUCUCUUGUUGGCAUUUGAAGCAGCCGAAAGUGUAGGCAUUAAGCCCAGCCUGGAGCUCAGCGAGAUGCUGCACACGGACCGGCCGGACUGGCAGAGUGUCAUGCAGUACGUCGCCCAGAUCUACAAGUACUUCGAGACCUAA